GGUUUCCGUGUUGUGACACUAGACCCACUAGACACUGGCGGAACCGGUUCAGAUAUCGCGUCUCGCAUCCUCAUCCUCAUUCUCAUGCCUUAUGAUCAUUAACAACAACAAGCUCAUCAGUUUGAGCCGUUCCAGUCCAUCAAUCCCUUCAAUCUUGUUCUUCUUGUGUUUGUAGCACAACGAGCACAACGAGCGCAACGAGCGCAACCAACCAAUCAACUAAUCAACCAAUGUAGGAAACCAGAGGACUGCUUGAGCACUCGUCUCGCUCACUUCCUGUUCAAUCCGACUUUUGAAACACCAAUACACCAAUACACUGCAUGGAAGAGGAGGGGGCGUAUCCUCCGUGUGAUUUUCGCUCGAUUUGAAAGGGACACGGUCUAGUCCAUUCAUCCCUACCUACCUAGGGACUGGCGUUACCCAGUGUCCUAGAGACCCUAGUCCAUCCGUCCAUCCGUCCAUACAAAGAAAGCGAGAUCGUGAGGAAUAGAGGAUCGCUCGUUUAGCCAACGUCCAGCAUCCUACCUACCUUACCUACCUGCAACCGUACCCGCCAGGUGGUACGAAGAGUGGGUAGAGAUAAAAGUGGGAGCGUCAGCCAGACAGGCCGACAAUCCCAGAGGAAACGGCCACGGCCUGACAGGGAACAGACGGGACCAGACCAAGCAAGACCAUGAAGUUUUCCGAACGUUUGACGUCCCAGUGGAUCUGGCCCGCUGUCCACCCCGUCCAGCCCCAAUAUCAAGGACUGACGGAUGCCGAAGUCGACAAGGAGACCCGCUCCACCCCUCAGGGCUACCCUUUGUCCCUCAUUCUCCUGGCCCUCACGGUGGUGUCUGUCUCGGUUUGGCUGCUCACGUUGUUUGCCAUGGCCCCCGGAGCCCCGCUUCCACGGCCCACUCAUGUCAAGUUCGAGGACCAGCCGGACUGCCUCGAUGAUGACGGGCUGUCAGCGGUGGCGGCCGGCCAUGCCGGUAAUGAAUGUGCUGUGUGGUCCAAUGAGAUGAGGUUUGAUUGCUUUCCCCAAGCCGGGGCCAACCGCGAUGAAUGCCAAGCCCGAGGUUGUUGUUGGCUGGAGCCCAAACUCGAGUCCGACUCCCGACCAAAUCCAGCCGACGUACCCUACUGCUUCUAUCCGGCCAAUUACCGCUCUUAUCGUUGGGUCAAUUCUACUCAGACGGGUGUAGAUGCUUGGGUAGUGCAAUAUGAAAUGACCCAAAAGUCACCCUACCCGGCCGAUGUCGUUCUGGUAUCCGUGGAAGUUCGAGUGGUGGAUCGAUCCACGAUUCAAGUUAAGAUCAAGGAUGCAAACCAUGCCCGGUACGAGAUUCCGGACAGGAUGGCCCCAGUCACCUCUAACUCUGAUCCCCCAGAGUUGGCCGACGAUUUUGUUGUGUCCUUUGUCAAGGACUCGUUCGGGUUCAAGAUCUCGCGGAAACACUCCGGCUAUGUCUUGUUUGAUUCAGCCAGGAUAGGUGGAUUCGUUUUUGCCGAUCAGUUAUUGCAAAUUUCUACUCGACUACCUUCAAAUCGAAUUUUCGGAUUGGGCGAAAAUCAGGGCACUUUUUUGAAGGAUAUUAAUUGGUCCACUUACACAAUGUGGAAUUUUGAUGACCCCCCGUCACCCCAGGCCACCAAUAUUUAUGGAUCACAUCCUUUCUACUUAGCAUCGGACAAAGAGGGCAGCAGUCAUGGCGUGUUCCUCAGGAAUAGUAAUGCUAUGGAGGUCAUACUCCAACCAACCCCGGCACUAACGUUUCGCGCCAUAGGAGGAAUUUUGGAUUUUUAUCUGUUUAUCGGACCAAGCCCGAUGGAAGUCGUUGAACAAUAUGCGAACUUGAUAGGAAAACCCGCGUUACCGCCGUUUUGGUCAUUGGGUUAUCAUCAGUGCAAAUUCGGACAGACGACGCUGAACCAAACUAAGAAGAUUUUGCAACAAACCAUUGACGCCAAAAUACCUAUUGAUACUCAAUGGAAUGAUUUGGAUUACAUGGCGCGUCGAAAUGACUUCACCUUGGAUACGGAUCAUUUUAAGGACUUACCUGAUUUCGUGGCAAAAUUGCAUGAGAAUGGAAUGCAUUACGUAACCAUCAUCGAUCCUGGCGUGUCCGGAGGUGAACCUGUGGGAUCCUACCCCCCGUAUGAUCGCGGCAUUGAACUAGACAUUUUCAUGAAAAAUUCAACCGGUCAGCCUUUCGUGGGUCGCGUGUGGAAUCCGAAGAGCACAGUUUGGCCAGAUUUCUUAAAUCCAAAGACCAUACAAUAUUGGUCAGAGAUGAUUCAAGACUUUCAUGAUCUCGUGCCAAUUGACGGUGCUUGGAUUGAUAUGAAUGAGCCCUCCAACUUUUGGUCGGGUCAAUUCAACGGUUGUUCUAUAUCUGAGAGAGGGGGCCAUCUCAAUCACCCCCCUUAUGUCCCGCGGUUCGUGAAAGGACAAUCGCUAUUCUUCCGAAAUAUCUGCCCCUCCGCGGUUCAUUACGGGAAUUACUCCCAUUAUGAUGUUCACAAUCUGUUUGGCCACUCUGAGACCGUGGUGACCAAUGCCGCCUUACGAAACGUUCGUCCAGGGAAACGCCCUUUUAUUAUCUCGAGGUCCACGUUUCCGGGUCAAGGACACUAUGGCGGACAUUGGACCGGAGACAUUCACUCGGAUUGGGAUGCUAUGAGGCUAAGUAUUGCAGGUGUACUGAAUUUUAACAUGUUUGGCAUUCCUCUCGUGGGAGCGGAUAUUUGUGGCUUCAACGGGAACACGACUGUUCCUCUUUGCCAGAGAUGGAUGGAACUCGGCGCAUUCUAUCCGUUUUCCAGGAAUCACAACACUCUCGAGGCCUUUGAUCAAGACCCCGUGUCUCUUGGACCCGAGGUGGUGAAGGCUGCUCGAAAAGCUUUGGAAAUUCGCUACUCCCUGUUGCCUUAUCUGUACACGCUGUUUGUUCACGCACAUCUGAAAGGCACACCUGUGGCCCAACCGGUGUUCUUUCAGUUCCCACGGGACAAAAUGGCCUAUUAUUUGGGCGAGAGUCAGUUCAUGUGGGGUAGCGCCCUGAUGAUUGCUCCCGUCUUAGAAGAGGGCCCAAUACAUGUGAAUUGCUAUUUGCCCCAAGGGGUCUGGUACAAUUGGGAGACGCACGUUAAAUCAGACCAUGAAGAAGGGGGUGCCUUUGUGAAGAUUCCCGCUCCCCUUGACACGAUUCCGCUUUUGGCUCGGGGGGGAAGCAUCCUGGUUUUAAAACCUCCUGCUCCUACCACUACAGACAGCCGAAGAUUGCCAUUUCAUGCACGAGCUUAUGUAAGCUCGAGUGGGAGCGCAUCUGGGGAUUUGUUCUGGGACGAUGGGGACGCGUUGGACUCGUAUGAUGAUGGGUCUGGAGGUCGACAUAACCACAUCCUCUUUAAUCUGACAUCCUCACGAGACCUCCAGUCGCAAGUGCGUCACAGAGGGUUUCUGGCUGAGACCAUGCUCCUGGAUUCGAUUUCCAUAAUCGGUCUGAAAUCCAGACCCAAUCAAGUGACCUUAGAUGGCCGAAUCGUUGAUUUUUCGUACUCACCCCAGGAGCAACUAUUAGAGGUCCAUUCUCUGAACGUGGACCUGCUCCAGCCAUUCCGAAUGGAACUCUAAUCCCCAUCCUCUUCGCGUUGUGUCCCUCAUCUUCUGGGAUAUUAUUCAUCCAUCCAUCUGUCCAUCCAUCCAUCCAUCCAUCUACCAACCAACCAACCAACCAACUAUCCCUCCCUCCCUCCUUCUUUCCUCCAUCAACCCGUUCGUUUAUGCUCUCGGUGGCCUUUCUUCCUUCGGUCCAUGCUUCUGUCCGUGUGUCCGCCUGUUCGGAGGUUCGCCUGUCUAUGUGUUAGCGGCCUGUUUCGGCUUUUACAAAAGCUGAUUUGGAUGACGUCUUUUCGGUUCUUCACUUCUUCUACACAUAUCAUUCAACUACUCUACAUACUUCACCUCCCCAGAGAGGAGGACGCUAGAAAGGAAAACACGGCACAUACUCGCACAUGAAUGAGCAAGAGCUCGCUCCUCAGACACCCUACUUUGUUAGGCCACGUCGCCAACGGUUUGAUCCUGGGAAGGAAUGCUCUUGGUCCACUCCUUAUGUAAACAAAGCGUACGUACUGAGGGUGGUUAGAUGCGUUGAGGCCUCCCCCCGGCCCGAAAAAAACUCCCAAAUGAUUGUGCUAUCGAAAAGACGAGGAACCAAACAUCUGAGGUCUCAUCAGAAUCAGAAACUGUCGAACUUACAUUGAUAAAUUACAAUUGUCAGAAAGCUUGCCUCAUCGACAAAUAUUAUUUGACGACCUGAUAUGUGAUGACUCCGAAACCCCAAUAAAUUCCAUCCUUAAAAUGUG